CAUCGAUGAGUCGCCGAACGUCGACUCUGCAAUGUGGGAAAAUUGUCAAUGAACUUUUACCGUGUGUUUGUUAAUUGAUUGUCAGUUUCGAGAAAGUAUUUUAGAAACUUGUGCCUUGUUUAUUUAUUUCAAAUAUAAACCACUCUAAUAAAUUAGGUCAUUAUGAAUAAACAAUAAUAAGUAACACAAAUAAAUUUUUUAACAUUAAAUUCACUUGUCGCGGGCAACUAUUUUACAAUAUGGCUGCCGAUAAAUUUUCAUCUCCAGUAAUUAUUCAUCUUAAUAAAGGUGCAAUCUGUCAUGUACAAUCAACUUAUCGGAAUGUUUUUCAAUAAAAGCAUACGUGCCAUUUAUAAAUAUUAGAAAUGUGAAUGUUAUUUUAAAUUUUAAAUUUUAAAAGUUAAACUGUUACAGACAACAUGUCAACUCGAUCCCAACUUACUAAAGAUUUGAAUGAAUCAGUAAAAUCUUUACUUGGUAAACAUGUAAAAAUUUUAUUAAAAAAUGUUGUUAAGCUCGAGACGAAACCAGACAAGCAAGAAAACCGGGUUUUGGUUUUUUCUCCUUGUCGACUUUUUUUGUUAACUGCAAAAGUACCAACCAGGAUUGAUUGUCACUUCCAUUAUUUAGAAAUAACAUCAGUUGAGUCAAGAAGAUCAAACCAAUUAUGUCUCACAGCCGGGGAAAGAACUUACAACUUUACAACAACAGGUGUAGGCGGUACAGACACAACCGAAGUAGACGCAAUGAUCGAAGCAUUGCACACAGCUAUACGAAAUAUAUUUCCGACAGUACCAUUAAAUUACGUGAUACGUAAAAUAGAUGUGAUACCGGCUAGCAGAUUGCAGAGUAUUCGCGGCAGUGAAUUGGCACGUAGUACCGAAGCAACAAGAACAACUGGGCCAUGUGGUGGUUUUUCAACUCAAUAUGCCUGCAUGUGUGAUUUACAUUGUGUUCAAUAUCGUGAAGAGGUAACAUGGGACGUAGAUACUAUUUAUUUAUCACACGACACUAGAGAAUUAAAUCUUCGUGACUUUGAUCACUUGGAGCAAAAAGAUUUGGUACCAAUAAUAUCAGCAUUGGAAUACAAUACCUGGUUCACUAAAUUACGAGUGUCCCAUUUAAAAUUGAGCCAUGAGUGCCUCGAACGUUUACUCCACGUCGUACGCCGAUCUCUUUCACUCCAAGAAAUUUAUUUAGAUAAUCUAGGCCUGAAAUGGGAUUUUGCGCACAAACUAUCACUUGCACUUAUAGCUAAUAGUAACACAGUAUUGCACACUAUUGAUUUAUCAAAUAACAUGAUCGAGGACAAAGGAGCCGCAAGCCUGUGUGCUAUCGUCGCUAAAUUAACCCAAGGCAGUCAUCUAAGUGGUAGUCCAGGUAUCGGUAAAUUACCCAAAGGGAUGCAAAAAUUAAAUUUAUCCCACUGCGGAUUAACGGGUAAAGGAAUUGCACAAAUAGCUCAUGCGUUAAGUUUAAAUCGAAGUAUGCCAACUAGUUUACGUUAUUUAAAUUUAUCGGAGAAUACCUUAAAAGACGACAUUAAUAAUCUAUGUAAUUUUUUGGCUCAACCCAAUAGUUUAACUCAUCUAGAUCUUGCUGGCACAGAUACAACACUUGAGUGUUUAUUCGGUGCUUUACUACGUGGCUGUGCUACCAAUCUAGUCCAUUUAAAUGUAGCACGGAAUUCAUUUACAAGUAAAAAAACCAAAGAAAUACCUCCUAGUUUUAAACAAUUUUUUACGGCGACCUUGUCGCUUAAGUAUUUAAAUAUUUCGUACUGCAAAUUACCAUUGGAAGCAUUGAAACAUCUCUUGCUGGGUCUUGCAUGCAAUGAGAGUACCGUUGGCCUUGAACUGGAUAUGAGCGGUAAUAAUUUAGGAUCACUGGGAGCGCAUGUUCUCGAAUCAUGUAUUCAUGGUGUGCGUUGUCUCGCUUCACUUGAUAUAUCCGACAGUAAUAUGGACGUUGAUUUAGCUCAAGUUAUCACCGCGAUUGGUAAAAAUAAAUCAUUGAAACAUUUGUACAUGGGAAGAAAUACCGUCGGUAUGAAAAGUAAAAAUAUUGCGGUUGUGAUGGACGCUCUGGUACAGAUGAUACAAGAAGACGAUUGUGUUUUACAGUCACUGUAUAUACCAGACUCCCGACUUAAAAGUGAUCUCUACAGCCUAAUAAAUGCUUUAGGAAGUAACACGUGUCUUCAUACCCUUGACAUAAGCGGUAAUCAAAUAGGAGAUCCUGGCGCACGUCUUCUAGCAAAAGCUCUGCAAAUAAAUAAUCAUCUCAAGACAAUAAUUUAUGAUAAAAAUAAUAUAACACUACAAGGAUAUUCAGAUAUCGUCCAUGCUCUGGAAAAAAAUUACAGUGUACGGCACAUGCCCUUUCCAAUUUACGAUCUCCAACCCUGUAUGAAAAUAUCCGCCGAAAAAGCUGAACAGUUGGCUAAGAAAAUUCAAGAUAUGCUUCAGAGAAAUGUCACACCUUGUAAAUAUAGUCCAGGUCAGGCAUUCAGACUCCAGCAGGGUUUUUUGUUAAGUUCAACCCAGCAAGUUGUUGAUAGAUUAGUCGUACAAACUCAGGAUACUAUUAAAACACUAGCUGCUGAAAGUUGUGAUGCAAAUAAUGACAUCAAUCACGCGACCGGUUUAAUCCAAGAUGCCGAUAAUUCAAAGCAAUUGUUGCCGCGGCUUCAUGAAGUUCUGCAACGACGGGAUGAAAAUAAUCCUAUUGAAGUGAGACUUAAAGAAAUAGCUGAUAGUUUGUAUAAAAAUGUUACGGAUUAUUUGCAAGACUCAUUAGAAGCGAUCAUUAAAUGCGCAAACGAUCACUGCCCUACGGUUAUGUCACAGACGGUAACUCGCGGUGAUGAAAGCGAGCCGAUAUCUGUUGAGGAUGAUCUGCGUAAUGUCUGCAGAGGCAAGAAUCAGUUAACCGGUGAAUUUAUUCACAGCGCAAUUGUCGAACAAGCGGGCACUGAUAUUGUCAACAGAAUAAAUGAACUUAAUCUCGCAGUUGCUGCUCAUAUUUCUGACAGGAUAACAGACGAAGUCAUUGAAUCGCUGUCGCGUAGUUAUAAAACCUUGAUAGGAGACACUCAUGAUAGGACACGCUGCAGUACGCCAGAUGUUUUACGGCCGAGUGUCAGUUCAACAAGCAGUGGCAGUGUAAUUGGAAUAGGAGGAAGCAUGAGCAUUGGCAUCAGUUCCGAUAAUGGCUACGGUCUCGCUAAUAAAAUUUCUGCUGUCGAUCAUGCGGAUAAAAUUAAAAGAGAUUCGUACCAAGAUUCCGAUAUGGCGCAUGAGUACGCAACACCUUCGGACUUAUUUAUUGGCAGCUCAAUAAAUUCUCAACAUCCGUCAGACGAUCAAUCUCCUAUGAAGUUGGAUUAUUUAAAUCUCGCCACCCCACACUUGUCCAAUAAACGUAAAAAUUUGCAUGGAAGAAAAUUACGUCCAAAGUCAGUGGUCGAUUCUGUUGAAGGACUUUCAGCUGAUGACAUUCCAGAUUUACUGCCUAGUUUACCAAAAGACAAUACUGAAACCAUUUCAGAAAAUGAACAUUCAUUGACUGAAUCAUUGGAUUCAAUAUCUGAGCUUCCUAAUAAUACGGGACAGCAAUUGCAGCAUCUCGUUAAAUCUCGACCACGACGAACAAAAACUCGUGCUCCGUCACGACCUAUGUUACGCACAGACGUACCAAGAGGUUCUCUGGGUCUUGGAGAAGGUCUUGAUGUAUUUUUUCGACCUACUACACCAACAACUCCUCUUAUUUCUCCAACUAGCGAUGAUAGUUCUUUGCAUACAUUUCCGACUGACGGUAGUCCUAAUUUAUCAUUAACAAGCCAACGUAGUUUUCAACCAGAGACAGAUAAAAAACCUCAUGGUUGCAGUUCGCCUAUUCUUAAGACUCUUCUUGAGCCUACACCACGUUCACGGUCUAGUGAUAAUUUUGAAAAAUUUUCUCCGCUUGCUGGUCGUCGUUCACAAGGUGAUACGCCGUUAACUGCCUCGCCAUUAGCACGUCGAAGUGCUGCUGAAAAUUCACAGUCUCAAGAACCGGAUUCUCGAAAAAUCCGAGGGAUUCACACGGUAUCAACAUCUGGAAGUCCUUUGUCAACACCAACUACGCGUCUGUCACGUGAAUUAUCGAGUAAUGAUACUCCAGAAAUAUCACCGGAUGCUAUUGCAGCGGGUGAUAAUCAUAAAUCAUCAAUUAGAAGCCACGGCAGUAGUAUUUUAAGUACCUCUAUAGACAACGAAAAAUUAAUAAGCGGCCAACCGACGAAUAAAUUCCGAUCGAUUUCAUCAUCUAUCCAAGAAACUCGAAGCGCAUUAAAUACAACACACUCGGAAAUUUGUCCGUCCAAUGAUCAAAAUAAGCAGCAAUCUAAUGCUAGUUCUUUUAAAGCCUCAAGUAAAAUAAAUUAUAAUCUUAGUGGAGAACAGUCUAGAAGUAGUUCAAGUAUUAAUACUGCGAGAAGUAGUAAACCUUUACCACCAGCUACUGCACCAAAACCACGACCAUGGAGCAUGACUGGGGAUAGAAAAUCAGGUGAAUUUAAUAAUUUAUUAAGUGACGGUUCGAGUCCAAAUACAUCGGCAGGAAAUACCCCAGACUCAGGUGAUGCGCUGGAUGAGUCAACUGACAGUGGAGUUAGUGGACCGGCUUCUUUACCGCCUACACUUUCAGCAAGUAGUACUGCGAGCUCAUUAAGUAGUAGCACUGUUGAGAAACGAUCUGUCAGAGAACUUGCCGCAAGUUUGAAUAAAGGAAAAACAGAUCGUAAAGAAAACGAGGAAUCCAUACCCAUUGCAUGGAGAUCAGUACUUCAUCGUUCUGUUGAUCGUACAGUAAACAAGGAGCAAGUACCGAAAAAGGAUGAAGACAACCGGAUUAAUUUUAAGCUUAGACGAACAUCAUUUUUACGCGAUUCAAAUUUCAAUUAUGACAAUGAUGUUGUUGAUGUUUGACACAUAUAUUUUAUCGGUAUAAACUUACAUUCCAUAAUUUUUGCAUCUGUGCCAUUUGCAAGGAAAAAAAAAAACGAUGUCUAUAAAUAAUUUUAAAUUGAUCAAUUUUAUAAAACGGCGGGUUUUAUUUAACUACAAGCCUAGUCAAUCUUCCAUGCAGCUGCGCUCUUAAAAUCUGAUUUAAAUAAUUGUUAUUAUUAUUAUUGUUUUUUUGUUUUUGUUUUAAUUAUUAUGACAAAUCCUAACUAUAAAAAAAAGUUUAAAUUCAUAAUUGCAAUAUUAUUAUAAUAAGUAAUUAAAAAUAUUUAAUAUUGUAGUGAAUAUAAAUGUAUGAAUGAUAUGGGACUUUUAAUUGCAAUUAAAACAAAACAAAUGAAUAAUAGUUAACAAAUUAUAUACACAUAUUCCGUGAAAAAAAAUUUUUGAAAAAAUGUCGAGUCUUUUAAAUUCAAAACGCGACACAACGACCAACUUUUUGUAAUUUUUCAAAAUUCAAGGGACAAAUUAAUUAAGAGGAGGGUCUGUAGUAAUUUUCGUUAAAGUUUUACUGUCAAAAAAAUCCUCUAAAUGAAAAAUUAAGAACGAGGUUCGAUGCAUUGCUCUAUAGUCUAAAAAUGUUCAAUUGCUUAAGAGAAAAACGUGGACAGUUUCCAUGUACUGCGCAAGUGCCACAGGGAUGGUAACAUUCGUCAACUUGAGUUUGAUAGAGAAAAAAGUUCAGACCCUUUUAAUUACUGGAUACUAUAAUUGAGAAUCAGUUUUUUCUGCGCGUGCACUGAAAAAAAUUAUAAAAUUUAUCAUUUUUAAUGGAAACUCUUAAAAAAUAUAGAAGAGUAUAAUACAGUACUAGUUGACCUUGUACCCAAUCAGGGAACUAGUACCCGAUUUCUCCAUGAAUUUGUAGAUCUACUUAGUAAAUAUACAUAUAGAAAUACAUGAGUGAUCGGACACUAGUUCCCUGAUCGGGUACUGGGUGUCUUAUUGACUAAAUUUUACUAAAUAUCAGUAUUCAAAUACAUGGAGUAAUCGGGUACUAAUUAUCUGAUUAGGUACUGAGUCUCUUACUUUACAAAAGUUUAAAAAAUAUUUAACCCAUAAGGGGAAACGUCACUGGAACUCUUUCUCACUCAGAAAAAUAUCUUUGUUGCACUCGUAGAAUAAAUGAGAAUUUUAAAACAAUUUUUCUCGUCGACGAAUUAGUAUUUUUGGCAAUAAGAAAUUUUUAGCCCUAUGUUAAGGUUUUAAAAAACUCUAAAGACUAUUUUAGGCUUCCAAUGUUUGUUCGUGAAAUAAAUUUCAUUGAAAAUUGGUUGGCAUUAUCCCUUAAAUUCAUUUGUAGGAUACAGCCUAAUAUUCUAAUGAAAAUAUCAUGCGCCUUUGCUUUAAAAAAAAAAUAUGUCACCUGUGCAUCGAGAAUAGACUUAUUUUUUAAAUGCACAGUAAUGUAGAUCUACAUUACUGUGCAUUUAUUUGUAAAACUUCUUUUUAUGAGUAACACUUUUUACUACACAUAAUUUUUUUCAAAUGGACAUAAAAAAUUAUGCAUUUGAGGGUAAAAAAGUUGGUCAUUGUGUCAGGUUCAAAAGUUUAAAAUAAACGACUUUCAAAAAUUUUUUUUACACGAGAUGUUACGUUAAUUUUAUUAAUACAUUUAAUAAAAUUAAUAAAAUAUUAUUAUACAGUACAUACGUUCAUGAUAUUUAAUAUAACAUGUACAUAAUAAUAUACACGAUAUAAAUUUUUAAGCAUUAUUAUUAUUAUUAUUAUUAUUAUUAUUAUUAUUAUUUUAAACGUACGAAUUAAUAAAAAAACGGUGGAAUCGAGUCAAUUGUUUCAAUAUAAUAAGCAGUUUAUGAUAAACGUAAAUAAAUCUUAGCUGCGCUGUUUAAUUAUUUUACUUCAAUGAGACUUUAAUUAACGUAAAUAAUAUUAAUAUAUUUAUUAACAAUCAAACAAACUAAAGUAACAAAACAAGAACAAAAAAAAUAAUAAUAAUAACGGGAUCGCUAUUGUGCCAAAAAGUUCCCGCAAAAUUAUCAAGUCUCAUUUUUGAAAAAAUUUGUAUUAUAAUUAUACACAUUUAACAUUUAUUGUACUUGUUUUUUAAAUCUAUUUAUUUAUAAAAUCGCAAAAGACUUGGAUAGCGUAAAAACGGGUCCAUUUAUUAUGAACAAAUUUUAAAUAUUACAAUCAAGUUUUAAUUAUUUACAAGCAUUUUUUAUUUUUUGAAAUUAUAAACUAAUUAAUUGUUUUAAUAUUUUUACUUAAUUAUUUAUAAUGUCGAUGUCAUUGAUGAAUUUAUUUUUAUUUAUGUAAAUAAUAUGAUAAUGUAUUUUUUUUUCUAUUUUUUAAUGUCACUUAUUUUUGUCAGCGAGUUUUUGUAUUUUAUGAUGACGAGUUCAUUAUUACUUUAUGAUAAUUACAUUAAUAAUAGUAUAGAAGAGAUCUAUAAUCAAUAA